AUGCUGCUGACGGCUUCCCUUGGUUUGGGCCGAGCCGCGAUUGCGUCCGUUUUCCUCGGUCUCACCAUUUACACACCAGAGGUUUAUCCCACGCACCUGCGCGCCACAGGCAACGGCACGUGUGGCGCCUUUGGAAGGAUUGGGGCCAUCACCACCCCACUGAUAGCCCAGGUGCUAAUUCACAGCUCGGUGCGCCACACGGCCGCCGUAUAUGCCGCCUCGGCCGCGCUGGGGAUAGCCGCCACACUGCUGCUGCCGUACGAGACGGCCGGCCGCGCCAUGGUGCGGUAGGGGACGGCCGAUCCUAACCCGCCUGCCGCCGACAGGUGUGGGUGUAUUCUCAACACCGGGAGACAGUGAGUUCCAAUUUACGAGGUCUCCCCAGUCCCUGCAUUAUGCAGGUUAUGCAGAACUUAAUCGUCAGGGAAAACAUCGCCGGAACGUACAAACUCUGCCUGCCGCUAACUACCCCGUCCCCGACGACGUAUCGUGUGGACGACUGAACCCCAUUUUAGCCAGUCCCCAUAAACCAACUGUAUAAUUCAAAGAACAUGAGUUCUAAGCCUGAUUGCGUAAGUACAUACCUAUGCACAUACGGAAACACCACAGCUGCUCGCUUUUGUAGUUUCCAGACACACAAUUUUGAGAUAAAACGUAGGGGAGAGAGGUCAUAUUGCGCCACCUUAA